GUGGCAGGACACUGACAAGCCCUUCCACUUCCCUUUUUUACUAAUUGUACAAAACCCACUUUGAAAAGCAGUUUCCAUUCCCUGCACACAGACCCCCGCGGGAGGCCGAGGGAACAUCUUGGAUAGCUGAACCAGGUCCUCAUGCUACUGUGGUCACUGCUGGUCAUCUUCGCUCCCGUCAGCGAGGAGGCAGACUGGCUGACCCUCCAGGCUCCCUCUGUUGUCUUCGAAGGAGACAGCAUCGAUCUGAUGUGCCAGAAGAAAAAGGACUGGAGGCAAAUCAAUACUAGGGCAUACUACAAGGAUGGAGAAGAGUUACAUUUUUCAAACGAAGUCCCUAGCUUUACCAUCUCACACGCAGCUCUGAGUGACAGUGGCAACUACCACUGUUCUCUCACUGCUGGAAAACCCUUCCUUCAGAAGUCAGGAGAUUCAAGGAGCGUCAGGAUUGAAGUCCAAGAGCUGUUUCCACGCCCUGUGCUCACGGUCAGCCCCUUCUGGCCCAUAGAGGGGAGCCCAGUGACCCUGACCUGUAAGACCCAGCCUUCUCCACAGAGGUCAAAUGCUCAGCUCCGAUUUUGCUUCUUCAGAGAUGGCAGAGCCCUGGGGUCCAGCUGGAGCAGCUCCCCAGAGCUCCGGGUCCCCGCCAUGUGGUCGGAGGACUCAGGGUCCUACUGGUGCCAGGCAGAGACAGUGACUCCCAGGGUCAGAAAACAGAGCCUCCGAUCCCAGAUUCACGCGCAGAGAGUGCCCGUCUCUAACAUAAGCCUCCAGAUCUGGGCUCCCAGGGGCCCAGUGAUCGAAGGAGGGAAUCUUGUCCUCCUCUGCUCGGUGACCAAAGGCACAGGAAACAUCACAUUCUCCUGGCACAGAGAGGCCACAGGAACCAGUGUAGGAAGGAAGACCCAGCAUUCCCUGUCUGCGGAGCUGGAGGUCCCAGUCGUGCGGGAGCGCGAUGCGGGCCGCUAUUACUGCAGAGCUGACAACGGCCACGACCCCAUCCAGAGCAAGGUGCUGCAUAUCCAUGUGAGAAGUCCAGUGUCCCGCCCCAUCCUCACCCUCAGGGAGCCGGGGGCCCAGGUCUUCCCUGGGGACAUGGUGGAGCUUUGCUGUGAGGCCCAGAGGGGCUCUCCCCCGAUCCUGUACCGGUUUUAUCAUGAGAAUGUCACCCUGGGGAACAUCUCGGCCCCCUCUGGAGGAAGAGCGUCCUUCAACCUCUCUCUGACCGCAGAACAUUCUGGAAACUACUCCUGUGAGGCCGAUAACGGCCUGGGGUCCCAGCUCAGCGAUGCGGUGUCACUCACUGUCACAGGGACCGAUAGCUACAGAAGAGACCCUGUCACGGCCAGAGUUCUUGGGGUGCUGUGCGGUGGCCUCGGUUUCAUCACUGCGGCUCUGCUGUUUUAUUACUGGUCCCACAAGAGAUCAGGGGGACGCCCUGCCACUCAUGCAGCCAGAGAUGCUUCCAGGGCAAGCCCUCAGGAGUCCGCCCACUCCAGCUCACACCCAGACCCUGAAGAGCUGCAGCCGGAGUAUGUCAAUGUGGGCCCUGUCGAUGUGGAUGUGGUUUAUUCCCGGGUGUGGAUCAUGCAGCCCCCAGAAGACGCCGCAAACACCAGAAGGACAGUUCUGGAGAAUGAGGACUCCCAUGUCAUCUACUCUGACGUGAAGGAGACGGAAUCCUCGGAGGGACUGGGAGGCAGAACACCAACAAGGAUGGAACAGCACUAAGGGCUGCAAAACACUAUCAAAAUGCCCAACCCUCAUGACAUCUCAGACAGAAUGUGGUCCAGGGGCUGAGCAGGUCAGCUGGGUCACUGUGUUGGUUCUCAUCGUGCUCUUUCCCAAUGUCUUCUUCCAUUCAUUCAAUAUUUAUUGAACUGCUACUGCAUCCCAGACGCUGUGGGGGGAUUAUCUUUGUUAUUGUCUCUUUUAAAAAAUUUUUAAUUUAAAUUCAAUUUAGUUAGCAUAUAGUGUAUUAUUCGUUUCAGAGAUAGAAUUUAGUGAUUCGUCAACUGCAUGUAAUACCCAGUGCUCGUUCCAUCACGUG